GCAUAUGUAUAAGGUCUUGCAUCUUGAUUGAAUAUUUCAUACUUGACUUCCUAGAAUAAAUGUCUUGGGUGUCUAAUGCUGUAUCCAACUCCUAUGAUUUUCUAUUUUCCUGCGAAUAUCGUUAUUUAAUAACUAUAAUAGUAUAUGCAAAGCCAAUUCUACAAAUGAGUACUUUCGAUGAUUUUCUCAAUAUUAUUCAGUAAUUUAUACGAUUAUUGAUACAAAAUAGCGAAAUUGACGAUAAAUUUGUGAUAAGAUGCCUCUAGGGAUCGAUUAUCUUUAGCAACCAGACGAACACGUCAUGCUUGAUUGAAACACGUGGCCUUUUCAACGUCGAGCUUUAAAUACGAACAUUGACACUGUAGGCUUUAGUAGACUUUAGUAGUAUUCGACAACAGGGAGGCGUUGCAACGCAGCUAGAGUAUAGAUAUCCUUCACAUUUUUCGCGAUGAAACUUGUUACGGCGUUCGGUUUGAUGGUAUUCUGCCUCUUCCAUGCAGCACAUGCAACAGAGGACAAAGAUUCUUUAUUAGCAAAAAUAGAAAGCAUGAAAUAUGAGGCACAAGCGUCGAUUAAUAAACUAAGGAGCUUUAAGCGAGAUUUUUUAAUUGAUUUGAAGUAUCUGUUAUUUAAUGUAAAAACUGACAAUCUGCAACGAAUUGACAGCAGUAUCAAACAAACUAUGUACCGAAUAAAGAGAGCAACAAAAACUGGAAACGUCGUAGACUGUGACCAAUCAUCAAUCGAGAAUUCUAAUUUACCUGCUACAAAAAUAUUAAAUCAAAAAUGUUGGCAAAUUAAUAUGGAAAGUGUUUACGGUCCGAUUUAUGAAGAUGACGAGCUUGUUAUAAGGCCAAUUAAAUCGGACAAUGCUGAAAAAUGUUACGAUGUAGCAGAGUCGUCGAUUGAACGAUUGCUUUUAAUGACUCGCUUAGAUUUGACAAAGUGCUUGCAUAAAAGUUUAGAGUCAGCUUUAAAUUUGACCACUCGAGCAGAAAAUCUUGUACAAGAUACCGGCUACAUGGUCGUUGAUAGGCUUAAUACUAUACAAGAAGAAUGUCAGACGGCUGAUGAUGAUGAAGAGACUAAAAAUCGCAUUUUGCACAGGAUUUAUAACAUAGAUCCAUAUGCAAAAGUACUGAAGCGAAUAACAAAUAAUUUAUUGAACGAGAGAAAAUCGAUUAAGGUUCAAGCGAUAAUAGACGCUGAUUCGUGUAGAGAACGCCGAGUUGCUGAUAUGUACAAAAUCUUGACUCAAAUUGAGAAAACGGCUAAUACAUGUAUACGCAGUUUCUAAGUGCGCAUGAAAAUGAAUACUUAUUAAAUGUACUUUUAUGUAUGAUUAAUUAUAAGUAUAUAAAUUGAUACAGCAGAAA